UUUGGGGGGCCUCCCGUCUCGGAGGCCUGUUGGGGGCCUCCCCUUUGCGCAACCAUUGCGAUGGCAUCAUAAUGUUUUUUCUCGCCAGCCGUGGGUGCGACGGAAGACGCCAUGUGUACAACCAGCUCUGGAAUGACGAUGUCGACCUAUCCUUUCGGAGGACACCUACAGUCGCGAGGCUGUUGGAGGGGGCAGGUCGACAGCCCAGAGAUAUGGUUUAGUGCGAAGCAUGUUGCACAAAGCCUUUCUCGGACAGGCCCAAGUCGAAGAAUUGGACGUGCGAGUGUGUAGCGAAGUUUCCUGACCAGCCUCUUGUGACUGGCCGUCGCCCUUAUCGUGGUGCUGGCCAUCAUCGUGCGACGGAGUCAACUCUUCAGGUUGGAGCAGGUCAAGCAGCUGGCAGCCGACAUGUGUGGAUCCGAGAACGGUUUGCAUCGAGACACAGUGUUGGCGGCGCAGGGCCUGCUGGCGGUGAUGUCAAAGCCAGCAGCAGCAGCAACAACAGUGUCACCAGUCAGGAGCUCCAGCAGCUCGCCUCUCCUUUGCGAGGAAGGCUGAGGACAAGGCCAAGAUGGCCUGGGUCAGAGCUAAGAAAGAACUUGAGAGGUGCGAGCGUCUCCUUCGAGAGACGACGGAGGAAGUGGUCGAGGCAGAGAAGGCGGAGGUCGAGACGGCCAAACGCUUCCUGCCCAAGGACGCCAUCCCAGAGCCAGGGGGUCCAGCGAUCCUCGAUGCGCAGCAGGUUCUGGCGGGCAAUAUUGAUCUCAAGGUCUCUUUCGGCAAAGAAUUUGAUGAUGUGCAGCUCAAUCACCCUGACACGGACACCUUGGAGAGGGCACAGGCCUCGCUUCAGGAGGUGCUUCCCAAAGCGGUGCAGGAGAGCUAUGGCACCAUCGCGGCCAAGCUCCAGGAGUGCCAGGAGGGUGCGGCAGUUGUGGAGCGCGAGGGCAAUAAAAGGAAAGGCAAUGACGGAGGUUCGGUCGACCGGCCGCCACAGCCAGCUGCUGUGGUUCCUGGACAGCCAGCGGCGGCUUCAGCUCCACCGCCUGCUGCAAGUGGUGGGGCCUGUGGCGCGGCAGGUGGACCCUACGCGGAACCGCCUUCGGCUACUGCAGCUCCAGCAGUUGACGAGGCCACCGUGCGGUUGCAGGCUAAGUUCGGAGCGAUGGUCAGCGGCAUUCGGAAUGAGGCGAAGAAGCAUCUUUGACGGACAGUGUACUAGCGAUGACAAUCUGAUUUCAUUAUAUCUGCGUAGUUUGUCCGGCUGGGGCCUGCCUGCGAGUAGAAAUCUCUCGAAAGAGGCCCGGCAUGAUUUUGUCAUCUUUCCUGGAUUGUAUUUGCUCGCAGCCGAUUGUGUCGAAGUCCGACACGAUUGGAGCAAGUUUGGAUACCAACCAGUCUUAGCACCUGGUUACGCCACC